CGAGCUGUGUUUGUGAUGGUUGACUUUGUUGCAGAUGAACAGCACAGCCAGUACUCCAAGUUGCUGCUGGCCUCGAAGGAGCAGGUGCUGCACCGAGUAGUUCUAGAAGAAAAAGUAGCGUUAGAGCAGCAGCUUGCAGAGGAGAAGCACACCCCUGAGUCCUGCUUUAUUGAGGCUGCUCUCCAGGAGGUUAAGAUUCGGGAAGAGGCUCUGUCUGGAGUAGCUGGAGGCAGAGGAGAGGAGGAGGUGCCCGCUGUCGUGGCUGCUCUAGAACAACUGGUGCUGAUGGCUCCCCUGGCGAAGGAGUCUGUUUUCCAGCCCAGGAAGGGGGUGCUAGAGUACCUGUCUGCUUGGGAUGAAGACGCUGUGGAAGUUACUUCUCUGGACUCCCCUCGUCCUCAUGCUCUCCCUUUGGUAGAAGAAGAGGAAGCAGUGUCUGAGCCCGAGCCCGAGGGGCUGCCAGAAGCCUGUGAGAUGGCAGAGGGAGCAGAUGCCAGUCUUGGCGAGGGGACCAUGUGUACCGAGUCCAGCCGGGAGGAGCGCCUCACUAAGUCGGGCUUCCCCCAGCUAAACAGCUCUCCUUGUUACUACUUCUACCAAGCGGAGGACGGCCAGCACAUGUUCCUGCACCCCGUCAACGUGCGCUGCCUGGUGCGCGAGUACGGCAGCCUGGAGCAGAGCCCAGAGAAGAUCUCGGCCACGGUGGUGGAGACUGCUGGCUACUCCAUGUCUGAGGAUGUCCGACAGCGCCAUAGGUAUCUCUCUCACUUGCCACUCACCUGUGAGUUCAGCAUCUGUGAACUGGCUCUGCAGCCUCCUGUGGUCUCUAAGGAAACCCUAGAGAUGUUCUCAGAUGACAUUGAGAGAAGGAAGCGUCAGCGCCAAAAGAAGGCUCGAGAGGAGCGUCGCCGAGAGCGCAGAAUUGAGAUGGAGGAGAACAAGAGACAGGGCAGGUACCCCGAAGUCCACAUUCCCCUAGAGAACCUUCAGCAGUUUCCUGCCUUCAGUUCCUAUACCUGCUCCUCUGAUUCUGCUUUGGGUCCCACCAGCACUGAGGGCCAUGGGGCCCUCUCCCUUUCUCCUCUUAGCAGAAGUCCAGGUUCUCAUUCAGACUUUCUGCUAACCCCUUUGUCACCCACCGCGAGUCAGGGCAGUCCCUCCUUCUGCGUUGGGAGUCUGGAAGAAGACUCGCCCUUCCUUUCCUUUGCCCAGAUGCUGAGGGUCGGGAAAGCAAAAGCAGACGUGUGGCCCAGAAGUGCUCCAAAGAAAGAUGAGAAUAGCUUGGUUCCUCCUGCCCCCGUGGACAGCGACGGGGAGAGCGAUAACUCUGACCGUGUUCCUGUGCCCAGUUUCCAAAACUCCUUCAGCCAAGCUAUUGAAGCAGCCUUCAUGAAGUUGGACACACCGGCUACUUCAGACCCCCUCUCUGAAGACAGAGGAGGAAAGAAACGGAAGAAGCAGAAACAGAAGCUCCUGUUCAGCACCUCGGUCGUCCACACCAAGUGACACACUGGCCCAGGCACCUUCUCCAUCUGGCUCCUUUUCUCUGCUUUGUUUUGCUGCUGCUGUAAUUUUUAAGUAUUUGAGUUUGAACAGAUUGAUUAGCUUGGGGCAGGGGGGAGGGGGUUUCCACAAUGUGAGGGGGAACCAAGAAAAUUUUAAAUACAGUGUAUUUUCCAGCUUCCCGUCUUUACACCAAAAUAAAGUAUUGACAGUCACAAGAGA